CCUGUUUGCGGCAAAAUAGAAGUACUUAACACAUAAAUACCGGAACGAUUCAACAUAACAUGAAAGCAGGAUUCAUCUGGGAAGAGGCGAGCAUCUUGAGGCAAUGAUUAAGCAGAAGAUACAUGAAGAUGACGCGAUGGGAUUUUCUGAAAGUCCAACUUGUACCACUACGUGCAUGAAGACAGUGAAUCCAGUACCCCUUCAAACAAAACAGUCGACUAACAAUGACAAACAGGAAAUGGAAUCUGAGAACUAUGCAAUUCUGAAUAUCACAAAUGAAGAAAGGACAAUAACAGGAAGCGGGCUGUCAUCAAAACCUCAUUCGAACGAACCAAUCAAAACAAGCGCAGACACGGAUUCGCAAAACUACGUCACAAGUCCCGGGCAAAUUAGUGCUGAUAUAAAAAUGGAAGAACUAGGGAAGUUGGGAGUAUAUAGUCCUCCCUAUAAAUCCACAACGUUUCCUUUCCCAAUCGUCAAAGAGAUGAAAUCAAAGCAAAGAUUAUCGAAGCCCCAAGUGAUCAUGGGAUCGAUUUCCUGUCUUAUUAACCCUCUGUGUGGAGCAUUCUCUUUGCUAUUAUUAUGUACAUCGACUAGACUAAAGACAUCUGAGCGUAACCUUCGCCAUUCCAAGAGAUUACAGGUGGCCUCCUUUCUCAUAGGACUUCUUGGAAUCUGCUGUACUUUGGCCGCCUUGGGAAUUGUUCUGGCUUUGCGGUACAACGAUGUGAUAUGAAUAAGUGGAGGGAAUCAUACAAAACAAUACAUUUUCUUUAACAAACUUGCUUUGUUACCUCCGCCAAGGAGGUUAUGUUUUCAACCCUGUU